CACUAUAAUAUACGAAACUGUUCCUCUCGCGUAGUCUCCAGCAUGUUUGAAGCGUGUAAAUCCGACAUAUAAACGGAAUCUCGUAAUUUUAUAAACAACAAAAUAGCAUUUUUUUUCUGGCUGGUCCUAAAAUCCGUCUCGUAGGCCCAUGUUAAGUUGUACGGUACGGUAACGUGCUAGAAAGAAGAAACGCCGUCUAGGCUAUAGAAGCUUCGCCCCAGGGGCCGAGUGUUUUUGUUUUUUCCGCCGUGUAAAAUUGACUGGUCCAAACUGUGGGGUGCCGGCGCCUUUUUUCUGCCCCAAGCUGGCAUGUAUUACCCGCACAUGGUCCAGACGGGUAUGGCAGCCCAGUUUGGGGCGACAGCCCCACCCACGGGCUUCCCCACCCAAAAUGGGGAAGUGAAAGCGGGAGAGGAUAAGGCGGCUGUUCCACUGCUGCCUCCUCCGACUGGAGCAGCUCCAACAUCUGGAGCGGUUCCGCCCUACAGUCCCCCACCGACCCAACCCGCCGCACAACCGGAACAACCCGUAGGACUCGUCGGGAGUCCCGUGGUGGCCGGCGCCCCUGGAUUGGUGCAACAGCCCCAAGCGACACCCGGACAAGCUCAGAAUCAUGUUCAGUUGAAACAAGAAACUGAUAUUCAACAAAAUGGUACAGCGGUUACCCCAGUACCGUCCGAACCAGGCACAGACGGUACCAAGACGGCGACAGCCACACAGGCAGCUACAGACCUGGCGAACCAACCAAAAAGGCUUCACGUCUCGAACAUUCCAUUUAGGUUUAGGGACCCUGAUCUUAGAGCCAUGUUUGGGCAAUUUGGACCAAUUUUAGAUGUAGAAAUCAUCUUUAAUGAACGCGGAUCGAAGGGGUUCGGUUUUGUUACGUUCGCAAAUAGUGCUGAUGCAGAGCGAGCACGAGAGAGACUUCACGGCACCGUGGUUGAAGGGCGCAAAAUAGAGGUCAAUAACGCCACGGCCCGAGUACAAACCAAAAAGCCCCCAGCGCUUCCAACAGAAUUCCCGGUUCCCGUUAUCCAGUGGCCGACGGAUCCAGCUACGCUCCGAGCGGGCGUGGCAGCUAUCCAGAGAGGCAGGGCGAGGGCCGCUUAUCCUGCAGCAGCUGCGGCAGCAGCGGCUGCUUUUGCCAGACAUCCUGCGCCUACCCUCGCAGGUUUAACUUACCCAGUACUAAACCAUCUCCCGGUCGAAAGUGGAGUUUACUACGACCCGUUCAUAGCCGCGCACACGGAUCCCAACUACACCACCCGCUUACAGGCCGCGGCGGCAGCUGCAGCGGCAGCCCCUUUACUAAAAACGCCACUGACGUCGACUGCUCCACAGGCGAGUUACGCGGCGGCGGCGACGUACACGGCAGUGGCGGCACGUUACGGAGCUGCGGCGGCGGCAGCCCAACCGGUUGCCGGCUACGCGGCGGUCGCCGGAUACGGCAGGGACUACGCGGAUCCUUAUUUGGGUCACGGUAUCGGUCCGAUGGCCGGCUAUGGGUCCACAAGUGAUAGACGACCUAGGGCGAUAAUUAAGACAGAUUCCUUUCUUUCAAAUCCUAAGAAUAACCUUUUCCCAGAAUCAUAGGCAGCUGUCUACAGGAGCGGCUACAAUCGCUUCACACCGUAUUGAACAUAUCCGAGAGCAGCUCUGGAGGCCUACCGAACAAAUUCAACAAAAGAAAUCAUCAAAAAAAAAAAUACUCAAACUACUUUAAUUACUCUUUUAUUUUGUUUAAUUACUCUUGUAGCACAAUAAGGCACAAAAAUGAAACAUGAAAAUAAUAGCCAAAGAGCUAACAAACUUACACAUACAUUUUAAGUCUUUUUUGUGAUAGAACCAAUUUCUAACCCUCUAUUUUCUAUAAUACCUUGGCUCUCUAUAGGUUUUAGGUUUAUUUUUAAUACCCGAGGGAGUGCAAAAUUGUUCAGUUGUAAAAUUAUUAACAAAACGUUUGAGGAGACUUCAUUUAAGUUUGUUGUUUUUAGUGCAUUUUGCAUGAAAAUUUUAUAAAUUAUAAAAAUGUCAUGGUUUUGCAGUCCCCUGAGGUAACACGGUUGUACAGAGCAUCACCGAAAACAAGAAAAAAUUUAUAUUUUCAACGGGCAAGCUAUGACUACUAUUUCGUAAGAAGCAAAUAUGAUUUUUUUUUUAGAAUUUUAUUUUACGGUUUUUAUCGAGCCCCCUUGUAAAUACAUAUUUUAGUUUUCUUAGUGUAUUUUCGCGUUACGUUUAGUUAUAUAAAAUAAGACUCGACCGAUUUAUUGACUGUUAGAGAUAGGGCUACAAUCAAUUGUUUUUUUUUUCGUUUGCUAAGGUACUCUUAAGUUAUAACUAGGGGUUGUAUUGAGUAAAAAUGCAUCACUAACGCCCCAUCAUAUUCAUUUUAAAAUAACUAUUUGAUGAUUUAAGGUAUACACUGUGUUCUUUGUUAUACGAGGACUGAUCAAAAAAAUCAAGUCAAGACGUAGUUUACUUGGAAACACUCUCACUAUUUUUGUUAUUCACUUAUGAUUUUAUGUCAUGUGUACAGUAUCAGCAAUACAACAUCCAGUCAAUAUUUCUGGAUCUGCUCAAUUCCUUCGUUUAAAUACUUCAAUUAUGCUCGUAAACAGUCUUUACAUUGUGCAUAUUUUUCACAUAAAAUCAUAUAUUAUUUUGAUCAGUCCUCGUAUGCUAAGUAACUUAAUGCUUUACAAAACUUGCAAAAUGUGUGUAGUUAACGAGAAAAUGUGUUUUUUUUUUUGGACACAUUGUAUAUCUGUUGAGGUAUAGGUGCGAUGGAAAUAAUUUUCCAGAUGUUUGAAUAGCCUCUUAAAAUAUUUUGAUACUCUUAUUAUUACUAGGCAGAGGUAGUUCUGCGCAACAUAUCCUUAAAUAUUUCAAAGAAUUAUUGGUAGUUGUACAGUGAUUUUUUAAUUGUACGUUGUAUUUGGUAAUCUCCACGAUAACGUUGACUCGAAAAUGAUUGAGAUGCGACCCCCUCCGAAUUCGGAGGGAGAAAAUAUAAUAUUACUGUAUUUUCUUAUUAGAUCUAUAUGUAAGCUCUCUUAAUUUGUGAUUUUACUUCGUAAUAUUAAGAAAUACUCAUUCAAUAUGUGCCAGAAUCUCAUCGUUUUAAUCGUUUAUGUUGGUAAAAAGAAAAAGACAGCGGCAGAGUAUAUAAAUACAUAGUAGGUAAAAUUAAAAGCCAAUUUUUCUAGUCUGUGUAAAUAAUAUACAUGUCACUUUUAGAGGAUUAUUUAGUUUCUUUUGUCAAUAGUUUUUUUUUGACAGUUAACGACGCAUAAUGGACUCAAAGAGAGAGAGAAAAGCACAAAAUAUGAUGAUAGUUACAUAACGUUUGUUUUUUUUUUUAAUGUUAGUUUGAUAUCUUUAUCGAUAUGGUUAGUUAGGAGGAGCGAGUGAACGAGUUGUGUAUGAGAAACAAUAAAGUUAUUCAGUAAAAUAUGA